UUGGAAUAUCUGGAGUCCAUAUGGCUAUGUAUGAUGAAGAUAUCUUGAAAAAUCCCUUUUAUUUGGCCAUUCAGAAGCGGCGUCCUGAUCUUUGCAGCAAAGUUGCGGAACUUCAUGGUAUUGUGUUAGUUCCAUGCAAAGGAAGCCUUUCAAGCAACAAUCUUUCUACCUGCCAGUUUGAAUCUUAUGUUCUGAAGCCGCUAGAAGAAAAUUUUCAGACCUUAAAUGGAAAGGAGAUCUUCAUACAAGGAAACCUCAUCAUUUUAGGAACUGGUUUUAACUAUCAUCUCUCAGUACCAGUUCUUUUUGAGGAAACGUUUUACAAUGAAAAAGAAGAAAGCUUUAGUAUAUUGUGCAUAGCUCAUCCAUUGGAAAAAACAGAAAGCCCAAGUGAAUCUGCAGCUUCAUCAAACUUGUAUUCUCUUAAAAAUAUUGAAGAUGUUAGAGAAUUCUUGGGAAGGCACUGUGAGAGAUUUGAUAAAUACAUAGGAUCUUUCUAUAGAACAUUUAAAGAACAUGAAAGGAAAAGCCUCCGCCACUACAUAGAUUCUGUCAAUGCACUUUAUACCAAAUGUCUCCAGCAUCUUUUGAGAGAUUCGCACUUGAAGAUGCUUGCAAAGCAAGAAGAGCAGAUGAAUCUGAUUAAACAAGCAGUUGAAAUGUAUAUACACCAUGCUAUUUAUGGUCUAGUCUUUAAAUAUGUGGGGACUAUUGAGGCAAGUGAGGAUGCUGCUUUUAACAAAAUCACGAGGAGCCUUCAAGACCUGCAGCAGAAAGACAUUGGAGUGAAGCCUGAGUUCAGUUUUAAUAUACCACGUGCAAAGCGAGAACUGGGUCAGUUGAACAAAUGUACUUCCCCUCAACAGAAGCUACUUUGUCUACGAAAAGUGGUACAAAUUAUUAUGCAAUCUCCUAGCCAAAGAGUUAACAUGGAAACCAUGUGUGCAGAUGAUCUUCUCUCUGUUUUGCUGUAUUUACUUGUAAAAACAGAAAUACCUAACUGGAUGGCCAACUUGAGUUACAUAAAGAACUUCAGACUUUGCAGCUCGGUGAAGGAUGAAUUGGGAUACUGUCUAACCUCAAUUGAGGCUGCAAUAGAAUACAUACGACAAGGCAACCUCUCUGAGAGAUCAACAGAAUCUGAGAGACUGUGUGACAAGCUGCUUUUAAGACAAAGGAUGAACUUAUUGUCCCAGAUGUCUGCUACUCCAAUAGACUGCUUGUUUAAG